AUGAGAACCCUAGUGCUGGGAUGUUUGAUGCUCUGCGUAGCUCUCACCUACGGCAGGGAGAUCGGGAAGCGGGAGGCGGACCUCGAGGGCGCCGCCUCGCACCACCACGAGAAGGGCGGCGGCCACGAGCACCACGCGCACCACCACCACGAGCACGGCGAGAAGGGCCACAAGGGGCACAAGGGUCACCACCACCACGAGCACGGCAAGAAGGGCCACCACCACCACGAGGGGCAUAAGGGCCACCACGGCGAGCACGGCCACCACAAGAAGCACCACCACCACGACGACGGCCACCACCACGAGCACCACCACGGUGAGAAGGGCGAGAAGGGCCACGGGUUCGAGGAGAAGGGCCACUACCACAAAGGACACUCGACGAAGGGCCACCACGGCGUCCACAAGGUGGACGAAUUCAAGAAGGACAAGCACUUCCACGAGAAGCACGGGGAGUCCGGCCACGAGGAGAAGCACGGCGGCCAUCACGAGGAGCAUGGCCACAAGAAGGGCGGCCACUUCCACAAGGGCCACAAGGAAGGCGGGCACCACGAGCACCAUCACGGCGAGAAGGGCCACCACGAGAAGGGCGGCCACCACCAUGAUCACAAGGGCCACCACGACGAGGGCGGCCACCACGAGCACCACCACCACCACCAUGACCAUGGCAGCAAGGGCGGCCACGAGGACCACAAGCACUGGGGCUGGAAGAAGGGACAUUAA